CUCGGCCCGCGCGCGGAGAGAAGGAGGAGGUCGACAGCUGUCGGUCGGGGAAAAGAAGGACGGCACGGCACGGCACCGUGUGUUGCACCGGGCUGGGGCUCGGCUGGUCAGGCAGCAUCCGUGGAGAGAAGCACAAAAUACCAGCGUCUGCAGAAGGGUCCCAACCUGAAAGGUCGCCUAUUCAUUCCCUCCAGAGACGCUAUCUGGCCCGCUGAGUAAUGGCAGGACUUAAUUUCACUGAUCAAGAUAUUCAAGAGCAGUUGAGUUUGUUGGGCUACCACAAUGUCCCACAACAUCAACUUUGUGAGUUCAGAAAAGAUCUGGAAGAACUGAUCAAGCAUGAGAGUUCAAAGAGUCAAGGCUCCAGUAAAGCCAGUUCAGAAUCAUGUGAUAUACAGAUGAAAAAUAGUUCCACACAACAGCCCAUUUUAGCAACCCAACCUAAUGAUCGACGAGAGUUCAACUCUGAAAAAGAGAAUCGGAUUUCAUAUACGAGAGAGAUUUUCCAAGGUGUUCCUACAGGAUUUCAUCAGUGUGACACAUACAGCAGAUAUACAGUGGCACCAAACCUGUUCAGAAGCACAUCAGCACCGUCAAAGUUAAUUCUUCAGAAUAGCCCUGAUCAAGAGAGUGAUAUCAGUCAGAUGCAAUCUGAGAACAGUGGGACGAGCAGCCCUGAAACGUUCCCUGAAAACACUAGGAAACCGAUUAUUAAGAGAAAAGUGUUAAGGAAGAAGAAUGGACAGUUGCAUGUUUGUGAUGAAUCAACCUUCACUGAAACUGAUUCUGAUGCAGGCAGUGAAUUGGGACAGAAGAUCAGCAAAUUUGAUGUCCUUCGCAAUAAAGCAGAAUCUGACACAGAAAGUGAAGAAUUCUUCGGUCUACUUGGAAGGCGACCAAAUUCCACCCAAACUUUCUUUGCCAAAAAUCUGUGGAACGAAAAUCUUUUGGGAGGUGAAGGGUACAGUUGUCCCUCAAAUGCUCCAAAGUCAUUUAUUAGACCGGUAAUGGAUCAUCCUCAUACAAGAAACUUAAAGAAAACUGAUCCUGUGGCAAAAUAUUUUGAAUACAAACGAAACUGGGAAACUUUCAAAACACCUGGAGAAAAAGAUAGGAAAGAAUUACGAUGGGGGAUAAGGGAACAAAUGCUUUAUAAAAGUCAACUACCUCUGAAACCUCAACAUAUUUACGUUCCAAAUAAUUAUGUUGUACCAACGGAGAAGAAAAGAUCUGCUUUACGAUGGCAAAUAAGACACGAGUUAGCACAUGGAACUGUUCCACAGAAGUUUUUCUGCGCAUUGUAGCAGUACAAACUAUAUGCCUGUGAUUUUAAUGAAAUAAGAAAAUAAAAGGUCUUUUUAACACCU